UUCAGUUGGUAGAUCAAGUUGAGACCUUCUAUUCAUGGCCAAAGCAAAUUUUCGGAUUUAAGUGUUUUUGAAAAGAAAAGUAUUCAGUUACCAUGGCAAAAGUGUUUAUUUUCGAAAACGGAUUCAAUCAAUCAGCCGGAUUAUCUCCCGCAUGUCUGACAUAAAAUUAAGACAAAAUGAGACGUACAGAAAGGCCUGCACCACCGACUCAAAGGGUAUCCGCAGUGAACCGGACAAUGUCAGCACCCAGGCCCGUACAACGAUCCGGUAUGGUCAGUCCGGUUACACGCCCCACAAUUUCCUCAAUGCAGAAAAUCGGAGGCUCCUCAGCUAGCAGAGAAUUGAAGGAUGUACUGGAGAGAAAGAUCGAAGAUCUUAGUCGUCAGCUAGCGGAGGAAAGACAGGUCGCGCGCCAGAGUAAAAUGGCAGUCUCUCGUCUGCAGCGGGAAAUUACACGUUCCAAAUCACAUGACCGCCAUCAAGGGAAGGAACAGUUGUCACGGGAACUGGAGAAUGAGAAGAUGUAUCGGGUGGAGGCAGAGAGGAGACUUCAGGAGAUGACCCGGGAGAGCGAAAAUUGUCACUCCAGACUCGAACUUCUGCAAGGGGAAUUUAAAAAGAUGGAAGGUAUGGUACAUGAAAUGAUUCAGUAUAAAAGCAAGAUUGACCAACUGAAGCAAGAAAAAUCCAGUCUCUCCACAACAUAUGAGUCAAAUAUAGACAAGUUUAAGGGUCAUAUAACAGACCUGGAGAGAGAAAACAUGGUGCUGCUGAAUGAAGUCAAAAAACUUGAAUCUCAGAUGAGUCAUAAAACAGAUGGCAGAGAUCGUUACAAACUUCUUCUCGAGAGGCUACGCAUGAUAGAGGGAGAGAACUCUUCUCUUGUUCUCGAGAAUGAACAGCAACGUGCUCAGUACGAGAAAUGUCUUGAUGAAAUAGCUAAUCAGGUGGUCCAAGCUCUGCUGGCACAGAAGAUGUUGCGGGAGGAAUGUUUGAAGUUACAGGAUCGCGUUCAGGACCUUGAGUAUCAAAACAAGCACUUGAGCGUAGUCUUCCAGCAACGGAUUAAACUUAUGGCUGAUGGUAACACGCAGGAUGGCAGUGUAUAUAUAGAAGGCAGUAUGGAGUCCCUACAUAGCAUGUUUAGUGAACAGACUGUUGACAAUGUUGCGGGGAUUCCUCAGAUGAGUUCUCCACCAUUAUGGUUGAAGGAACGGUUGCCAGGUGACAGACAGAGUAUUGUGUCAUUUAAUGGCAGCAUUUCUUCCACGCCAGAUAUGGACUAUGAAAUGUCACCGGAACAUGGUGAAUUCCGGUGCCGUACAGAAAUACAAACUGAAUUUCCAGCUACGCCUUCUAGUCCAAAGUCAAAACAUGUAAGUUUUGUGGAAAGAAAAAGCGAAACAAAACGAAGCUCAUCAACAUCAUCGUUAGUUACGCCAAAAUGUGGACCAAGUCGACAACGAACUAGAUCUACCUCUUCUCUCAGUCGCGCAAGAGGACUGAGUUUAAUUUCACCUCAGACAGUGUCAAAAUCACAUGAUUCAGGAAUUCAGAAUACAGCGACCAAUGAACAAUCAGGUUUAAAUCAGGGUGUGGCUGUUGCAGCCAAUCAAAAAAGCUCAAAAAAGACUUCGACCAAUCAGAAAUGUAUUACGAAAUUUAGAGUGCCUUUAAACCAAUCAAAUCCCUCCACUACAAAUGAUUCAUCUCAGGGACAAAUGUCUCAGUCAUCUUCAAAAAUUCCAACCCUACCUGGUGGGAAAACUACUGAUGACUUACAGGUGCGAAGAAAUUCCCUUAAAGCUGAAUAUAGUAUUAGAAUGGGCUGUCAGUCUCCAGCCAUGCGUAACAGCCCAUCCCCAAAUCCAAACUCGAGACUUCCACAAGGUAGAGUAUCUUCUGCUCAUAGUUCAAGGUCGUCCUUAGUUUCCACUGGAGGUCAAGGCCAGUCAAGGUCACCAUCGGUUACCUCUGGCAGAUCACAGUCAGCAGGUUCUAAAAUUCCAAUGGUUUCUAAAGGUAGUGGACAGACAACUUCGAAAUUGCCCUUAGUUUCAACAGGAAAUAAAUCAAAAACAGGAAGUGAUAAGCAGAUGGCAAAAUUAAUUCCACCCAAGUCACCGAAUUUAAGGUAUUCUGGUAUUCGCACAACAUUGAAAACAGACAAAACUGUACAAAAAUCUGAAACUUCUGGUGCUAAUAAUAAAAAUAAUACUUCAGUAACUGUGCCAAAUACAAGUGCUAAUCUGAAAACUGUGUACUCAAUUAGUUCUGUUACAACUUCAAAAGUAAGCGAAGCUAAAAAGUCUGAAGGCAAUAAAAAACCAGCAAUACCUGAACGUGGAAACAAACCUGUUAACCAUCGGUCCGAAUCACAUUUUCCAAUAAUGGGUUUAACAACAUUGAGUCAAACAAGUCCAAAAAAUGAUGAAACUUCAAAUGUUUAUGCAAAUGUAUCCCAAGUGCCAAGUAGUUUUUCUUCGGUUGUCACGAGAACCGAUAUCGUUCAUCAGAACAGUGACCAAAUGGAAAGCAGUACGUUGACGCGCGGCAAAUAUUUUUAUGACUAUAGUGAUGAAGAUAGUGACUUUAAAGAGGCUGAUUUAAAGCGGCCCAUUUCUACAGAUUUUAGCGCUGCAUCAACAAUAUCAUUAGAUGAAUUGUUGGACCGAACUCUGGAAAAUAGGGACACACCAGUUGAUAGUGACUUUAGUUCAGGAUUUUUUUUAUACCCUACAACCCCAACAUCUCAGAAAGUGACUGAAAGUAAACUAGGUGCUAAUGUUAGUUGUGUUUCGUCCAGUGUUAGUGGAAAUGAACCGUAUUACUCAGUGCAGAAUAAGAGUUCAGAAAAAUCACAAAACUCUCAAUGUAAUUCUAAUGCAUCAGAGAGAGAAAUUGAGGCUAAAAAUAGACUUACGGGAAAACCGGAUAUAGUUCAAGAUACAGAAGAGUGUGAACAACGUUUGAUGCAACAAAGUUUGACAAUAUCUGAAAUACCUGGUUCAUCUAUGCCAGGAUAUCGAGCCAAACGACCCAAAUCUCUGAUUCUAGGGGCAAAAGAAAAGAAAUUUUUGUAUUGUGAAUAUGGCUCUUCGUCAAGUUCCGAUACUUCAGACGAAGAGCGUCGAUACAAAAUUUCUUACGCGAAAAAUGUUAAACAGCAGGAAAUACAAUCAAUGGUAGCAAAAAGUGUGAAAGCCGGGGAGGCAAAAGUCAUUGAAUCCCCGAAGUCGUCAAGUACAAAUAAAGAUUCUAACACAGACAAGUCUACUUCAUCUUCGGAUACUAAAAAAGGAAAAAGUUCUCAAUUACCUAAACCCGGUGCCAUGAAAAAGCCAUCCAGAAUUCCGCCACCUGUGGCAAGUAAACCUGCACAUAAAGUUUGCAUGGACUCAAAAGACGCAAAAAUACCGAGACCAAGAUCUGUUGAAAUUUGUGUUAAUACUGCAGCGUUAUCCACUCUUAAUUCUAAAACUUUUUAUCCUUAUGUACAUGACACAGGUUCUAAAGAUUUCUCAAAAUCUGAAUCUGAAACAUGCCUUAUUAAAAACUAUGACAAAAUUGAACAUUCGGAGAUGAUGUCAAACACAACUUUUGAUGAGGUCAAGGUUGAAAGGUCAGGGAGUAAGGAUGAUGGAUAUUCAACAAUGUCAAGUGAUAUACAGCCGGAGAAUCUGGAAAAAUACUCAGAUGCAUUUGAAAGUUCUACAAACAGCAAUGAUGCAAGAAAUUCAAAUUUAAGUCUCAGUUCACAAAACUCAUAUUCAAGUGAAGAUCGACUAAGUGGUCAUGGGUCAUUAGGGCGUGUGAAAGCUAUGAAAAUUAAAUUUGAAAUUGAGAAUCAGAAAUCUCCAGAGUCAUCGCCAACAAAAACUCCACCAGUAUCCCCAAAAAGGUCUCUUUUAAAAUCUCCGAAACCGGUUCUUGAACGAGUGUCGAAUAAAUACUCUGACAAUCAAUCGGUUGAAGGACAGAAUAGCAAAAUUCCGAAACCGAAAGGUCCGUUGAUAAGUCAAACGAAACCAAAAAGUGCAAUACCCUUACCUAAAACAACAACAAGUGCCAAAAAAGAUCAAGUUAUAAGUAAGAUUGAAGUAAAUAUUCAGCCAAAGUUAAAAAAGUGUGUAAAAGAGGUUAGUGAACAAGUGACAGUACAGUCACGUGUUGUUGAAAGUUCUUCUGUCUCCGUAAAAUCAUCGCCAGUUGUAACAAUGCCAUCAAAUGUGAUAAAUACUCAAAAGUUCAUAAUAAAUAACAAUAGCAAUCAGUUGCCUGUGCAACAAAACACCAUGACAACAAAACUUGUUGAAGAAUUUAAUCAAUUGAAUUACUUCCCGCCAGCAUUUGACAAAAUGGAAAUUCUUGCCGAGGGUUAUGAUAGCAAUAGCUCCCUAUCUGACCGAGCCUCAGAUUUAACGUCCCUUCAUAUUUCAGAGGACAACAUUCUCUCAGAUAUUCCAGAAGAGAAAGACGGUUAUGAAAGCUCUGUUGGAAUUCGGAGUGAAAAUACGUCCAUUUCGUCUCUUCCAGCCAUAAAUGUGAAAAAGCCUAUACAGCAGACGACACAUACCUCCACUUCCCAUCAUGCAUCAGUAAAAUACCAGUUCACAACAACGCUGAAACGUCACUGGUCAUCAAACCAAGGACUUGUGCGAGCUGUGCGGAUUGCCGAUUACGAGAAACAAAAACAAGCUAAACAGUCAGCCGAUUAUGACGAGCUGUAUGGCGGAUGUCUAAAUAUAGAAUCAUUAUUGGAGAGGUCAUCCUCAGAGUCAGAUAUGUUCACCAGGGGAGAUAAGCCUGAGGUCGUUCUGUUGCCAAGGUUACAAAGGUCAAAGAGUGCUGAACAUCUUGUGAUAGAUGAACUGGCUGUUGAGGAACGUCUGCAGAUACUUCUGAAGCAUAAUAUGAUGGAACAGAUUUCAAAGACUGUUGAAAGUGCAGAAAAAGAUGGGGAAACAUUUUCUAGUUUUGUUGAAUUGUUGGUGCAAAGAGGUCAUGUGUUGGACUCACCCUCGCCUCUUAAGGAGGCCAAAGGGUUGGAGACUCCGACAGAACUCAACAAAAUGUCUGUUUCAAACAUCUCCUCAAAGGGGCAGAACUUAAGCCCAAACUCUUUCGUUUCUGAGGGGAGACCUGAAGCAGAGUUACCUCCCAUUUGGGAAGACCAGAAGAAAUUCAACAGUCAGUUUUAUAGUCUAUGUAACACUGGAUCAAAUAGGAGCAUAUCAGAUAAGAGUGAGAUGACAAACAAAGAUACUGUUGGUUUGAAACAUGAGAACAAAAGUGCCAUUCACACAUGCCAGAAAGGUGACCAGUUUUGCAAGAAGUGUGAAGAGGAGAGAAACUUGAAUGAGUUUGACAGCAUUUCUCGACAGAUCGAAAGUCUGUCAAAAACUGUUAAUCAAUUGCACAGAAGUUUAUCUAGUCUGAACAGCGAGGAUUCGGACAGCGGUCCGGAAUCCAACGAAGGAGACAUGGGUCAGUCAAGUGCAAUUGGAAAUAAGGACAUUGACGGGUACCAGUGGGUAGAGGACGAAUUUUUCCUGUCGCCAUAUAGCGGGGAAAUCAUACUUGGUAGCUCACCUUUUUCGAAAACUGGAGCCUCGUGUGACUGGAUUAAUAAUUAUUCUGAAAACGUUGACCAGUUAGAGGAAAUUGGUGGUGAUGAAGCUCUGUUGGAAGAACCGGAUAUUGAUUUACCGGAUUUCGAAAAUACCUCGGUCAGAAAUAAGCGUAACUCCAUGCAAAAUUCUAUAAUAGCAGAUUCAUUGGAUGAAGAAGGAAAUUUUGACAGUCAUCAUUUUAUUUCGCGCCGUCUGCAGCAAGAAGAGGAAAGAAGAAGGGCCCGACUGGUGGAUGGAAGCGAAUCUGGUAUUCAUAUAACAAUGCCCGAAUUAAUGAGAUUAGAAUCUACAAUGAGUCAGGUGCUAAAGUCAAGGCCACUGCUAAAAGAAGACUUGAGGAUGACACCAGAAAAAGACUUGGAUGAUACAGAAAAAAUUUAUGACAAGAAGCAGACGGACAUGUUUGAGAAGAUGAUGUUAUACGGCGGUAGUCAGGACAGUUUGGAUGAUAAUAUCGGAGUUGACAGUGUAAUGUGUCAUCGUCUGCUUGGUGGAAAAGGUCAAAAUUUGGCUAACAAGUCACACAUACCAGCCAGACCUCCCCUUGAUUUUGGUAAGAAUCAGUUUGUGAGAUACGAUGGCCCUGAAAUUCAGGCAAUGGCUGCCUUUGACUUUUUGAAUGACAUGUCUUCCUCACAUACUUCUGACCAAUCAAAUGAUCAGAAACAGUCACAUGACCAGCUCUUCAGGAGAGAGGAGAAAAAAUAUGGUUAUCAAAAUCAAAUGAACCAAUCAACAACAUCCAAUGACUCUAGAAUCUCUCCUGUGAAGAGGCCUAGAAGAAAACUACGCCAAAGGACCAGAAAAGACCCCAAAGUGGAUAAUUACAAUCAAGGAUAUGUAAAAUCUCGAAAAUUUUCAUCAACGUCUGCUGAUGAGUCGAAUGAUGAAGAGUCAUCUCUGUCUGAUAGUAAUAGUUAUUCGUCAGAGGAGGGUAAAGGCAAUAAUGAAAACCAACAAUUAAGAAAAAAUACAAAAAUGACUUACUUGUGAAAAAGAUAUUUUCAGUAAAUUUGAAGGGGUUAUUUUAUGUUGAGAACACUAAGCAAUAUAGCAAUCUUGGCAAUAAUGCUUUGAUGAUGAGAUGAAAUCAAGCUUACAUACAUGUCAUAACGUCCCGGAUGUCCGGGAAAGUCCCGGAAAUAAGGUGUCUGUCCCGGAGAUUAUUUGUUAUGAAAUUACUUUAUUUCGAAAUUUUUGCAUUAUGGGUAAAUUCAAUAAAAAUUAACUUUUAUUGAACUUGCAGGAAUAGUAUGACAAAGGGCAGGAAAUAAUCUGUAUAUUUUUGUUAAGGAUCUUUUAGUUAGUGAUUUUGUUAAUAACUUAUUUAUUUUAGUUAUUUAUUUUGUUGUUAUGAUUUUGAUUGUAACAUGGAUAUUAUGUUCGAAGGAGAAUGCAAACUUUGUACACUGAUAGGGUAUCAAAGGCCAAUAUUAAUAAUUAUGUCAUGAAAAUUGGAAGUCCCAUAUUUGUUGUUGUUGUUUUUUUAUAACAAAAAUUUGGGAAUGAGUAUUACAUGUAUACACAGAUGUGUCCUAUACACAAGUAUUUACCACACAGUUUUGCCUUUUGCAUCUCAAACAAUUAUGUUUAAAUUUGUAAAAAGAAUUGUUUUUUGUUUUUUUUUUUUCAUUUAAAUGGUAAUAAUAAAGUGCUUAUGGUUGUUUAAUUUUUGUAUAAAUUUUUUAUGGGGGUUUGGGAAGAGUUGGGGGUGGGGUCGUGCUUAAUUAUAUAAGGCCAGAAUAGAUACAAAUUUGUCUGGGUUUUUAAGGGGGGGCAGGGGGGGGGAGAUAUGUUGAGGGUUGAGAGGGGUUUAUUUGAAAUCAAAUACAGUUGUUUAGGAUUUUAAUUGAAAAUUCUUUGAAUACAAAAGUUAUGAUAAUUGACUAUUGUAAUUUAUUGAAUGAGCAAAGAUUGGUACAAUUUGUUUAUAUCUUACUAAAGUUCUUUUACAUGCAAAGAAAGUUUAGGAUUGAAGAACAUUUGAGAUUGUGAGUCAGGUCUAAAAAAGCAACAGGAAACAGAAAUUGUUUUGUUUUUGGCCUAUGUACAAUACUGUAAUCUAUGCAAAAGAGGUGUAUUUUUAAGGUUCAUGACUAUUUUAACCUUGUAAUCAGGGAUACUAAUUAUUUCAUUUUACAUUCAUUUUUGUAUAUAGGAAAAAAAACAUUUUCGUACAAAAAGCCUGUGCUUGAUUCAACCCAUUCACUUCCAAAACAGAUGGGUAUACAAGUUGCACUCCUAGUGCUAUGUAUUUUCUUUUUUCUUACCAGACCCUUUAGGAUAUAUUUAAUCAUGAUUUUGGUCUGAGUUAAAAAAAAAAUCUCAUCUUUGUUCCAUUUCUUAGAUAAAAAAUUUUAAGUGUAUGUUUUAUAUUUUAUACACACUGGUUGCGAAGGAAGAAUACAAAGAAACCACACAUCAUCACUGGAUUAAUAUGAACAAUAUUUUAAUGAAAUAUAAUACCAGUUUUGAAUCCAUCUUGCUCUUCAUCAAUGCACUGUACAUAAAGUAAAAUAAUAAGCAUUCAUUUCCUAAUAUUGAAGAUUCCUGUAAUUACAAUGUCAAAAAUAAGUUUAAAGCUCAUAAUGUACCCUUUGAUUUUGGGUAUCAUUAUUUUGUACAUCAUUAUGUACCUUUUUGAUGUAUAUAAUUUUGAGCAUCAUAAAUUAUGUACAUCAU